UCCGCGGCAGGAUGAUCCCCGCCGAGGAGGUGUCGGCCCGCAGGAGGGCGAUCGAGGGCAAGCUCAAGCAGGAAGAAGAAACCCUGUCCUUUAUCAAAGAGAGCCUUGAGAAGAGUGACCAGCUUACAAAGAACAUGGUUUCUAUUCUUUCCUCCUUUGAAAGUCGUUUGAUGAAGCUGGAGAACUCGAUCAUCCCUGUCCAUAAACAGAGAGAGAACCUGCAGCGCUUGCAGGAGAACGUGGAGAAGACCCUGUCCUGCUUGGAUCACGUCAUCAGUUACUACCAUGUGGCUAAGGACACAGAGAAGAUCAUAAAGGAAGGCCCCACUGGGAGGCUGGAGGAGUACUUGAAUUGCAUGGACAAAAUCCAGAAGGCGGUGGAAUACUUCCAGGACAACAAUCCAGACAGCCCAGAGCUGAACCGCAUGAAAUCCCUCUUUGAGAGGGGCAAGGAGUCCCUGGAGUCAGAGUUCCGCAGCUUGAUGACACGACACACCAAGCCGGUCCCACCCAUCCUCAUCCUGGACCUGAUCAGCGGGGAUGAUGAAAUGGAGACGCAGGAGGAGACGUCUCUGGAGCACCUCCCGGAGAGCGUCCUGCACGAUAUCAUCCACAUUUCUGGCUGGCUGGUGGAAAACGGCAGGAAUCAAGAUUUUAUGACUGUUUACUUCCAAAUCCGCUCUGUCCAGCUUGACCGCUCCAUCAAGGGGCUGGAAGACCAUUUCCGUAAGAACAGCUCCUCCACUGGAGUGCCAUAUUCCCCUGCCAUUCAGAACAAAAGGAAGGACACCCCCACCAAAAAGCCACUCAAGAGACCAGUCCUCAUCCCAGGUAAUGUGCGUCUAUGUGUGCAUGUGCUGGCCCUGGUGCUCGCUCUCUUCACUUCUGUGUGUGGAGAGGCUUUGCUGGGCCUCUUCUUGCUAAAGCAGAGGGUGUGCCUGGGAUAUUUGGAGAAGGGGGGCUGGCUGGGGAAGGCUGUGACAUCCAGAGAUAACCCCUCUGGUCUUUUAAAAUCAAUCUGUGCCAUUGCUGCUGUGUCCUGGAGCUGUUCCUGA